AUGUCCACUGCCUCCUCCUCCUCCUCCUCCUCCAGUUCCUCCCAGACCCCUCAUCCCCCGCCGCAGAGGAUGCGGCGCAGCGCCGCCGGCUCCCCGCCUGCCGCCCCCGCCGCCGGGAGUGGGAACGGUGCGGGAGGCGGCGUGGGCUGCGCCGCGGCUGCGGGAGCCGGGCGGCUGCUGCAGCCCAUCCGCGCCACCGUCCCCUAUCAGCUCCUGCGGGGCAGCCAGCACAGUCCCACGCGCCCGCCCGCCGCCGUAGCCGCUGCCUCGCUGGGCAGCCUCCCCGGGCCCGGCGCGGCCCGCGGUCCCAGCCCGCCCAGCCCGACGCCGCCGACGCCGGCCGGGGCCCCCGUCGACCAGGCGCCGCGAGCCAAGGGCCGCCCGAGACGGUCCCCCGAGAGCCACCGGAGGAGCAGCUCACCUGAGAGAAGGAGCCCGGGCUCGCCCGCGUGCAGAGUGGACAGACCAAAAUCUCAGCAAGUUCGAACCUCUAGUACAAUAAGGCGAACCUCUUCUUUGGAUACGAUAACAGGACCUUAUCUCACAGGACAGUGGCCACGGGAUCCUCAUGUUCAUUAUCCUUCAUGUAUGAAAGAUAAAGCUACUCAGACACCUAGCUGUUGGGCGGAAGAGGGAGCAGAAGAGAGGUCACAUCAGCGUUCUGCGUCAUGGGGGAGUGCUGAUCAACUGAAAGAGCAGAUUGCCAAACUGCGGCAGCAACUACAACGUAGUAAACAGAGUAGUCGGCACAGUAAGGAGAAAGAUCGUCAGUCACCUCUCCAUGGCAAUCACAUAGCCAUCAGUCACACUCAGGCUACUGGAUCAAGAUCAGUCCCUAUGCCACUGUCAAAUAUAUCAGUGCCAAAAUCAGCUGUUUCACGUGUGCCCUGCAAUGUAGAGGGAAUAAGUCCUGAGUUAGAAAAGGUAUUCAUUAAGGAAAAUAAUGGAAAGGAGGAUGUGUCCAAGCCUUUGGAUAUUCCGGACGGCCGAAGAGCUCCGCUCCCUGCUCACUACCGGAGCAGCAGCACACGCAGCAUCGACACUCAGACCCCCUCUGUCCAGGAGCGCAGCAGCAGCUGCAGCAGCCACUCCCCCUGUGUCUCCCCCUUUUGUCCCCCGGAAUCCCAGGAUGGUAGCCCUUGCUCAACGGAAGAUUUACUCUAUGAUCGUGAUAAAGACAGUGGGAGUAGCUCACCGUUACCCAAGUAUGCUUCAUCUCCCAAACCAAACAACAGCUACAUGUUCAAACGGGAGCCCCCCGAGGGAUGUGAGCGAGUGAAGGUCUUUGAGGAAAUGGCGUCUCGUCAGCCUCUCUCAGCCCCUCUCUUUUCAUGUCCUGACAAAAACAAGGUUAAUUUCAUCCCAACGGGAUCAGCUUUCUGUCCUGUGAAACUCCUGGGCCCUCUCUUACCCGCCUCUGACCUGAUGCUCAAGAACUCUCCCAGCUCUGCCCAGAACCCAGGCCUGGCCACCCUGACCGUGGAGCAGCUCUCCUCCCGGGUCUCCUUCACGUCUCUCUCUGAUGACACCAGCACGGGCUCCACGGAGGCCUCCUCCGUCCCGCAGCCCCCGCAGCCCCCGCAGCUCCUGCAGGACCUGCAGGGCGAGGAGCACCUCUCUGCGCAGAGUUACGUGGUCAUCUAACGCAGCGGGGCUGGCCCUACCGGACCUUCCGCGGAUUAGGAACCAGGUCUCAGCCGUCUACCUGCAUGGAGUGACAAACUUUCUGAAUGCCACCACCGACAACAAGCUACUUAGCAGCAUCGUAAAGUAUCUCUUAACACUGAUCUUGGCAGGGAUGGAACUCCUCUUCAGCAGUUUUUGUGGAAAGCAGCAAUGCUUGCAAAAUGUGUGUGUCACUGAGCAUUUUAAGUGGAGACUAUGCAUUUCAUAGUAUGUUUGACAGAUUAGUACUGUGUCCUGUGUUUUGUUCCAAAUUCUUCAGUAUAAAUAAGCUCUAUAUCAAAAAGUUGCCUGUCUAAAUAGAAAAUGUCUUGCUGUGUUUUGUCCUAUGGAAAAUACUGUACUUCAGGAUUAUGUUUACGAUCGAUCCAGGUGUUUGUUUCUAACUUCGGUAAUACAUACAAUGCAAAAAACAAAAUAAAACAAUGGCCACAA